CCAUAUGCAGGUGUGUUUGAGAAAUUCAAAGGAGAUGACGGGAGAUUCAAAACAAGUCUCCUGAGGGAUGUGAAAGGCAUCUUAAGUUUGUACGAAGCUGCAAACUGGGGGACAGUGAAUGAAGACAUCAUGGAUGAAGCUUUGUCUUUCACAUCGACCCACUUAGAAUCAUUACCAGACGGAACUAGCCCACACAUGUCGAAGCUCAUAAAGACCGUUCUCGAUCUUCCACGGCGUCAAAACAUUGAAAUAUUAGCCGCCAGAGAAUACAUAUCUUUCUACGAACAGGAAGAUGAUCACGACGAGACGCUGCUCAAGUUUUCCAAGCUCAGUUUUAGGUUGUUGCAAAUUCAAUAUAUUCAAGAGCUGAAGGCUAUGAGCAAAUGGUGGAAGGACCUAGGGUUGGGAUCAAAGUUGCCACCUUUCUUUAGAAACAACAUGGUCCAAUAUUAUUUGAAUGCGGUCUCACUUUUCAUGGAGCCACAUUUUUCACGUGCGAGAAUCGCGUUGGUUAAGUUCUACGUAUGCCUCACCAUUUUCGAUGACACAUGUGAUAGAUAUGCUUCUCUCCCUGAAGUCACAAGUUUCGUUGAUUGUGUGCAAAGGUAUAUAUGUUAGUUUCUAAAAAUUUCACUUGUUCGUUACAGUUUAUUUAAUAUUUUUCUAUCGUAUCCAAGAUUGAUUGGCUCAACUGGUUACGGAGGUGACAAAAUUCUUUCCCAAUUCAGGUUCGAAUUUGCACUUGAGAAGACGUAUUCACCCAAACUUUCUCGAUUCGUUAAGAGAUUUAGUUGAACUAAAUGUUCGGUGAAUUUUCGUAUUAUAAAAAAAUUUCU